AAGCGCCAGGGAGCUCAUUGUGCGGAGUGAUCUGAUACGGACUACACCCAGCCGCUGCCUCACUGCCCUGGCUUUCUUUGCUGCCCCCAGCCUCCGCGUUGGUCAGCGUCGAAGUGUGGGUUAGAUUAGGAGACUGGAAAAAAACCCUCUGUCAGAAUCUUUUCUCCCCCCGUUUUGGCCGCUUUUCUCGCUUGGCAACUUCCAGAGCAGUAGGGCUUUUUUACUUAGCAUCAAUUUCUUGAAUAUGUCUUGGCAAAGCUACGUGGAGAACCUGAUGGCCGAUGGCUCCUGUCAGGAUAGCGCCAUUGUUGGCUAUACGGACGCCAAAUAUGUUUGGGCAGCACAUGCCGGCGGUGCAUUCAACAAUAUCACGUCUCAGGAAAUAGACGUCCUUAUCGGUAAGGACAGGGAGACCUUUUUUACCAACGGUCUCGUUCUGGGCUCAAAGAAGUGUUCAGUCCUCAGAGACAGCCUCCUUGAUGACGGAGAGUGGACAAUGGACAUCCGGACGAAGAGUCAAGGAGGAGAACCUACAUACAAUAUCUCUGUGGGAAGAGCCGGAAAAGUUUUGGUUCUUGUAAUGGGCAAGGAAGGGGUCCAUGGAGGUGGAUUGAAUAAGAAGGCUUACUCAAUGGCAAAAUAUUUGAGGGAUUCAGGGUUUUAAUGUUUUCAAGCUCACUUAGAUUAAAAUGAGGGACAAAAAGAAGAGAAAAGAAAUAUUGCUGUUAAGAUUUCUCCUGCAAGCAGUCAAAUGUCUUGGAAACUUUUAAUAGCAAUGAAGAGUGGUAAGAUACUGUCACCUUUGUUCCCCCUUCAUCCUGUAGGGGGGAGACUCUUCAGUUUUGUUAGUUUCUCUUUUUUUCCUUGUGUGCUCCAGUAUUGGUUAUAUUGAUGGGAAAGGAGUCGGUCCAUGGUGGAGUUCUUAACAAGAAGGCACAUGACAUGCCUUCUUACCUGAGGAACUCUGGAUAUUAAGCAACCUCUUCACCCAUUCGUCAAUUUAGCAGCUCACUCCCACUCACCGUAUUGUGUUGACACUACGUCCAGGAUUAGGUGGCAUACAAUGUUUCCUCCCCAGUCUACUUUUCUACGCAGCCUUUUGCUUUGCUUAACCUCACCCCCCACCCUCUUUUCUUUUCUUUUUUUUUUUUGGUUAAAUGUACCCCACUUCAACAUUGUACUUCAUGUUUUUGGCACUACAGUAAUGGCAUGUUCAUUGAAAUGUUUAUUAACCAAAAGAGUGUGCAAAAUAUGAUCGCAAAGUGUAAUAAAAGUGUUAAACAAAUUUGGACUUGCGUUGUAUAACAUUCACUUAGCAUCUGGCUAAAAUUCCAAGAGGAAGUACACAUGUAAUGGUGGUGACAGUGUGCAUAGCUACGCAUUUUAUUUUUUUGGAGCAUUACUAAAAGAUGCUGGGUUCAUUUUUGUUUUAUUCUUUUCAGCAUGUGGGCAUUUAAAAAGUUGCAUGCAUACCCUCUUUAGCAUUCAAAUCCUAGCCCUGUACCCUGUCCUUUCCUAGCGCAAUAAUCCAGCCAAAGCCAUCUUCUCAUACGACUCCAUAUUCAAAACUGCAUUAAAGAAGUGACAAACUUCCUCUGACAAAGUCCUGUAUGUGUGCACCGAUUUCGCCACCCUCAAGCACAACUAUUUUGACCCUCCAUUACAUGCUUUUGCUGUUGUACCUGAAUGUGGUCUUAAAAGUUAAUGAUGUGGUGUUGGGCUGUUGUCUGAGUGUAAUGUAAGGUCAGCAUUACUGAGACUGUCAUCGUACUUCACCACGUCUCGGAGUCUCAGUGGACAUCCCACCUCUGUGACAGCUGAGACACUUCUCAGUCAUCACCUGCCAUUUGUAAAUUUUGCUGUAAAUCACUACACACUCGUGAAGUUAUUUCCCCACCCCGUCCCUCUCCCCUUUGGACCAAUUGUCAGUCUAAGAGGAUUAUCAGAAAUCCUUCAGCUUGUUCUGAUGGAUGAUCGUUGGCAUCACCUGUUGACUGUAAAUCAUUGCGACUACUUCAGAUGACUGUAAAACAUGUAACCGCUUCUUUAGACUUCAACACUACUUAAACUUUUCAUCACUAAUUGAUUUGUUGCUAACUCCAUGUUCAUUAACCAAUGAAAUGGCAAUGUCAUUUUACUACAGUAUGAAUGCAUUUUGACUGAAAACUGAGGCUGUUGGGCUCCAACACCUCAAUCAUUUGCCUUGUGCUUUAGUCAUCAAAGGUGUAUUCACAAAUUGUCAUAGUAAGGUACUUAGAAGUAUAUUUAAAAGAGAAAAAAAAAUGACGCUGUGUACACUUAACAUAUUGAAAAUGAUGUUGGUUGGAAUAAGAACAUUUGUAAGUUGUCUUGUGAAAAUUUUCUGAAAAUAACUGUGUAUUCUGUGCCAUAAAAUCAAUAUCUGCUCUGUUGCUACUACAAGUUGGAUUUUUAACUGCUGCUCCAGCAAGACGUAACUUUUAAUGGCACUUUCCUAAGGGAUAUUUUGGCAUCAGUAAUCUCUAGACUUUGUGGAAUAUGUACAGAAUUAAACAACAGAAAAAUAAGUUUGCAAUAUUUUGUCUUUUUUGAGUUGGAAUUUCCUUCUGCCACAAAAUCUGCUAUUUCAAAUGCCAUGAAUUGAUGCAACAUCUUGUUUACAGACAGAUCAAAUAAAAGUUAUUCCAACCAGA